CGCUGUUUAGUGUGCAUGAGCGAGCGGGUACGGGCGGACACCCCCCCGCUAGGGCCGGUCCCUCCCCUCCCGGGCUGCUGGGGCUCUGUCAGACGGGAGGGGAGGGAGGAGAGAGGAGGAGGAGGCAGCCGCCGCGAGUGCCAGUGCAGCGCUCGGUUACUCUCCCGUACUCACUGCGGGGAGGUGGGGGAGGGCGGGCGCUGUGUACCUUUCUCUCCCUUGCCUUUCCUCACUUUAACAGGCCGGGGCCAAUCGCCGGCAGAAGGGAACAAAGGGAAGGGGGAGGGAAGCCCACCCCGGCCACACCAGAAAGCCCCCGGGGAGGCAGAGCCCUGCGGCUCCCGCUGGCAGCAGCGCGGCCCCGGACCGGGCGCCUGGCUCCGCGGCGGUGUUUCUUCUUUCUUCAUCGACCUUCUCCUCCUCCUCGCCGAGCUUAAAGGGGGGAGCAGCGUCCGGCGAAGGGAGAGAAACUUGGGUCGGUGCGUGGGGUGUCCUGCGGUCGGCUCAGUCCUCGCGAUCAAGAUGAAAAGUAAAAAAGGUGUAGUUGCAAUAUCAGGCAGUGAAACGGAGGAUGAUGACACUAUGGAUGUCCCACUGGAUCUUUCCUCAUCUGCUGGCUCAGGCAAACGGAGGAGACGUGGCAACCUGCCCAAGGAAUCUGUGCAGAUUCUUCGGGACUGGCUAUAUGAGCACCGCUACAAUGCUUAUCCUUCAGAGCAAGAAAAAGCGCUGUUAUCCCGACAAACACACCUUUCCACACUACAGGUCUGCAACUGGUUUAUCAAUGCGCGCCGCAGGCUCUUACCUGACAUGUUGAGGAAGGAUGGCAAAGACCCAAAUCAGUUCACUAUCUCGCGGCGAGGGACCAAGCUUCCCGAGGGCAGCCUGGUGGAGUCUGCCAUCAGCACAAAGAACUACAUUCCCCUGCUGGAGGAGACUGCCUUCCUUCCCGCUGCUGCACCGCUUGGCAAGACUGUGUCCUCUUCCAAGCCAGCUUCCCCGGGAUCGGUCCUGGCUCGGCCGUCGGUGAUCUGCCACACGACUGUGACUGCGUUGAAAGAUGCCCCUUUCCACUUUUGCCAGCCAGCUGAUGUAGGCCAGACCACGGACCUGCAGCAGCCGCCAGCCGGCAGCUUCACAGACAACCCCCUCUCCUGCCAUGAGGACGCGUCUAAACUGGGACCUGGUGCAAACACACAAAGUGGGCUCUUUAACACUCCUCCUCCAACACCACCAGACCUUAACCAGGAUUUUAGUGGAUUUCAGCUACUGGUGGAUGUUGCACUCAAAAGGGCGGCAGAAAUGGAGUUGCAGGCGAAACUUAUGGCCUAAAUCCCCUUCCUUCUCCUUCUCCGUUUUGUUUUACCAGGCAGGGAUCUAACAGCUGUGUGGUUAUUGCCACCCACAGAAUAUCAAAAGACUUCACUGCAUUAUUAUUAUUUUUUUUUAUUAAUCUUAUUUGCACAAGGGGAUUGCUGAAAUGAAGCUUCCUGUCACUGAGAUGGUCUUCAGUGGAAUACGGUCAUUCCAAGAAUUAUAAACUUAAAGCUACUGUAGAAAGAAAGGAUUGUGUGUUUUGUUGGUUUUUUUGUUUGGUUUUUUUUUUUUUUUUUUAAUGUUUUCUUUGUAGGUUUUUCAUAAUGUGAGAUGGUUCCCAAGAUCAUGUGAUUUGUUUUUGUUUCUUUCAGACUGUGCAAUAUCUAGUAAUGAUAUAGAGUCUUCUUAUCAUUCCCAUGUGGAACGGAAUAUACCAACAUGCUGUUUAAAUUUUCAAUUUUUUUAACAAUACAAACUUUGGAUGAUCAUGCUUUUUUCCCAUAAUGUAAUAAAAUAUUUUCUUUAAAAA